CGGGUCUUGGCUUGCGGUUUGAGAUUGUUUACAUCCAAUCAAACAAGUAAAAAAAAAUAAAGUAGCCUUCCACUGAAAUGGAAACCGCUGAUCAGCUUGCAUCUGUGGGGACAUUUCAAGUGCUAAAAUUACCUCUGGGAUUUAUCCGUGUUCUGGAAUGGCUGUUUGCCAUUUUUGCAUUUGCAACAUGUGGGGGCUACUCUGGGCAGCUGCGGGUUAGUGUGGACUGCAUGGAGAAGGCCAGCAGCAACCUCAGUAUCGGCAUUGACUUUGCUUAUCCGUUCAGGUUGCACCAGGUUUCCUUUGAAGCGCCCGCGUGUGAGGGCAUUAGGAGGGAGCGCGUGUUCCUCAUUGGAGAUUAUUCAUCCUCUGCAGAAUUCUUCGUCACCAUUGCAGUCUUUGCCUUUCUGUAUUCCCUCAUGGCCACCAUUGUCUACAUCUUCUUUCAGAACAAGUACCGUGAAAAUAACAGAGGGCCGCUCAUUGACUUUGUAGUGACAGUGGUGUUCUCCUUCAUGUGGCUGGUGAGUUCCUCUGCUUGGGCCAAGGCUCUGUCUGAUGUGAAAGUGGCCACUGAUCCAGAUGAAGUGCAGCUCCUCAUCUCUGCCUGCAAAGUCCAGAUCAACAAGUGUGGCUCUGUGCAUGGACCACGCUGGUCCGGACUCAACACUUCAGUGGUUUUUGGAUUUCUCAACUUUGUUCUAUGGGCUGGGAACAUCUGGUUUGUCUUUAAGGAGACCGGUUGGCACAAGGGCGCUUCAAGGUUAGCAGGCGGGUCAUCUGAGAAACAGGCCGGCACCUUUAACCAGCAGCCCUACAACCAGGGAAGCUUUGACCAGUCAGGAAGCUACAACACCCAGGGAAACCUUGGCCAGCCGUCUGAGUACAGCCAGGUGGGAGGGCCCACUUCCUACUCCAAUCAAAUGUAGUCAUGCCUUUUCAGUUUUGUGAGGCACUUCUGCAUUUUUAACCAGGGCAAUCAGUAGGUGAUAUGAGGGUGAGGUUAAAUAUUCACUUUCACUUUCUGCUCAGUUUGUUAUCAAUUGUCAAUCUGUGUGAAAAAUCAAAAAAAGAUUAUUAUUGGAAAAAAGGCAUCAAAGGUGUCAAAAUACACCCAUUGUAGAUACAUGUAUUGGUGGGUAUUGUACAAAAUUAUUAAAUAUAGUCUUUUACUCCUUCUCUGUCAGAGGUGUUGUUUGUUGAAUGUUGUAUUUCUUGUAGUUUGAAAGUGACAGUUUCUCUCUCUCUUGCUUGGUAAUUGACAUUCACUGUUACGACUGGUUGUCCUUUUCAAACUGGUUGCACUGUUGUGGAAGGAAAAGUCUUUGUAUAAUUUUCAAGUUUCUAAAAUGGUGACAAAUAUGUGCAUGAUGUUACGUUAUGUGUAGUAAUAUGAUUUCUGUUAAACUAGUAAAAACAAACAUUUUAUCUUUGAAAGUUUACAAAAUUCACACUGCCCUGAGUCAAUACUGAAAGUUUAUUUAGAUCAGCAUUAUUACAUGUGCAUUAAUUUUUAAUCUAACAGGAACUAUAUUUUCAUAAUGGGUAUUUCUAGGAUACAGAUUCAGAAUAUAAUGUAGUGUAUAAUGCAUAUUUGUUAAGUACAAAUACAUUCCAUUCUGACAUUGAUCGCGUCAAAAAGUCUAAAAACUUAAAUCAAUAUGUAUACAGCAAAAUACACUACACAGGGUUUGUGCAAGAAAAACGUACAGUAUGCAUUGCAGCAUGUUGUUUCUGUAUCCAUGGUUUCUAUUAAUUAGUUAAUUCUGCGCAGGCGAUAUCACACUUUUAUUUGAAUCAUAUGCAGAGGGAGAUCUCCUUCAAUGUUUACAAGUGGCUGCUCUUGCUACAAAUUACUGUGACUGUUUUCAACACCAUUAUCACCACUGGGGAAUUGUAAACAGAAGUUAUACCUCUCUAAAGCAUGUCCCGAGUAUCCAUGUACACUGCUAAAGCCCAGCAAAAAAGCACAUCAGUACCACGGUGAUAAUAAAUGAAUGAGUGAAUAUUGGGCUCAUCUGUACAUAACUAAUAUUGAGCUUUUGCUGACUUUAUAACAAUUCAGGUUUGUACAAGUUUAAAACAUCUGUGCAGUUUGUAUGGUAAUAUUCAAAGGAUAAUUCUUGGUUGCUGUUUGUUUACAUCAAUAUGACUUGUGCAACCUUGUUUUUUUGACCUCCUCAGCAUGUGGCUUGCAUCAGUGUAAUAAAGCAGUUUGAACACCCAUGUAUGUAUAAUAGUCUAACAUCCAUGAUACAUGUGUAUGGGUCCGUGUAAUGGCACUUGCAAUUAGUUCAUGAGUGUGGAUA